AUGACAACUCAAUCAUGGAUACAAGAAACUACUGAACAAGAUUUUCAUUUCGAUACAACUAAUUAUGGUGAAACUCAAUCAUGGAAUGAAAUAACUACACCAGAAUUUAAUCAGUCAAAUACUAAUAUUGAUAUAACACAAACAUGCCAAGAUUUUACUACUAAAGAACCAUCUCAACAGGAGAAUUUUACGACAACAGAGGAAAUAACUAGUACAAUGACUGCUACUACUACUGCUAGUGUUACAUGCCCACCGAGUAUUACUCGUGAAAUUGUUGAAGAAACUAAAAAAGAAAUAAUUGAUAGAAUUCUUGCUAUUAUAUCAAAUGAAAUAACCAAUAAAUUAGAAGCAAUUAAAGAAAAUCUUCUGACAUUAACUUCCUAUAGUCAUCAAACACGUAUUGAACAUCUUAAUCAAACAGCUGGUUUAUGUCAUAAUCAUGUACUUGUUGCUGCUACAUUCAAUGGAUCAAUUUCUUUAGCAGCUGCUGGUCCAGCAAGUGUUUUAACUUUAAACACAAUAUGGAAUCAACCUCAAUUAUUUGGACAAGUUUAUUGGUAUCGUACAAAUGGAAAAUCUUUCGGAUUUUCUCCACUUCCUACUAUUCGACAAACUUCAGCUGAUAAUGAAGAUUUAAAUAGUCCUUUACGUCUUAGUUGGCUAUUGGAUCAAAAUAUUGGUGGCUAUAGAGCAGGUGCUAUACGUUCACUGCCUGAUAAUUCUAUAUGGCAUAAAGUUAUUUAUUGCAAUUAA